CAUUUAUGGAGGGCAUAAAACGAAGGCGGGUCGUUAAAUGCAUUCAAACGAAUGAAAAAUAGAGGAAUAUGGACUUCAACGAUACCCUAGAAUCUUUAAAAAAAAAUCUUUGCACUUUUACCCAAAAAAAUGAAAUUCUGAAAACUUUAAUUUUAUAACUUAGAAAACUAUUUUCAUAGUUUGUGAGGUAUAGCUAACUUUUAGGCAGUUGAUGGAUUGUUCCCAAAAAACCGACUAUAAAAGUUGUAAAUCUGUAUGCGAGGGUAUAUUAAUAUCCUUCACACCCAACAACAUGUAAGCUGGUAAAAUCCUUUUAAAAUUUGGCCGCCAUUCAAAGACAAUUGAAAUGCCAAAUUAAUUCUGCACACAACACUGGGACAAUAAAUGUUUCGAAUUAUGUCUUUGUUUUAAGUAGAUUAAAUAUGUUAAACGAUGAAGAAAUGUUUUUCCUUCAAAUUUAUAAUUUAAGAUGUUUCUAAAGUAAAGCUUCUUCUACUUUUGAGAAAUAAAGUAGGCUUCCAGUAUUGUAUUUUUCACUCUUGUCAGUCUUAAAUUUUGGUCUUAGCAAAUCCAUAAAGUCAUCGAAAAAUUGUUUAAAUGUUUAAAGUACCAUUUGGUGGAGUAGAGAAGACCAUUUGAAUGUCCGGCCAGAAAUACAGGCGGACUCGUCGUCCGGUGGCGGAAAUAAUCCGUGAACUGAGGCAUCUCCGCUCCUCUCCCCUGCGAAUCAACGACGAGAAUGAGUUGUGGGCUGAGGGUCAUGAGAGGCCGCCAACACCAGAUCUUCCUAUCGACAGUCGCGAUCAAUUGGAGCAACUGCGUCUAAGUCGCCAUCGAAUUGGCUUGCUUCUGCUGCGACCUAUGACCUUUGAGCAGGCAAUUACCGGAUGCUUUGUUCGGGUGAAUAUUAAUGGUCCAGGGGAAUUGCCGAAUUAUCGGAUUGCUGAGAUUCUGGGCGUCGGGGAACUAGACUAUGGCUAUAAAGUCGAGGAUAUACCCACGAAUUUAACAUUGAGGCUGCGCUACGAAGAUCUAGUGGUGCACCAUGAGAUCACCGAUGUAUCCAACUUGCCAUUUACCCAAGAGGACUUCGAAUUGUGGCGGGAUAUUUGCAUUAAUCAGGCCAUCAGCCCACCCACUACUCACAUGGUGACCCGUAAAAAGAUCGAAUUAUAUAACGCUCAGCAGUGCGAGGCCAAGCCAUUGUCUCUGAUCCAAAGGACCUUCUCACUGGCACUGAGACCACCGCAGAAAUGUGGCAUCAUGGAACGCCAUGGCGCUGUCUAUCCCUGGAAAUUGAAGCAUCCAUCCCCAGUGGUUCCGGAACCACCGCCCAUGCCACCGCCAGGAAAUCCACCCAGGGGUCUCACCUAUCGCCCGAAACAUGAAUUCUUAUCCCCAGAUCUCAAGGAAGAGAAAGAGAAAGAUACGGAGAGGAAUCUGCCCCAAAAACGAAAUCUGAAAUAGAUGGCAAUUAGUCGACUAUUUAGAUAACCAAACCUGUACAAUAUUAAAUCGCAUUCAAUUGUAAAAUAUAUAAAUGGUUAACAGAUAA